UGUCAAUCUGUAAACUUAGGUAACAUAUUCGAAAACAAAAUUCAAUCGGGAGAAGAUGUUUAUGAAGAAGAUGUUUAACAAUGGGGAUAGGGUAAAAAGGGCUGAACCGAAGUUAUCAGAUACUCCACGAAACUAUGAGGCCAAUCCCAAAGACGCCAAGGUUCCAAUCUCUCCCUCCACUGCACAGCUACGUUCUGAUGUCCUGAAGCCCAAGAAUCUGGUGGACGAGAAAAACAGCAACUUCAUGCUCUAUCCAAGGAACCUCUCGAUCACUUGGUCGGAUGACCCCAACUAUUGGACUUGGUUUCUCAACAAGGAGUCACCAAAUGAGGCAGGUGUAGAAGCUGUGGCGUUGAAAAACGUGUGUUGGCUCGACAUCACGGGAAAAUUCGACACGAAGAACCUCACUCCAGGGAUUACGUACGAGGUAGUCUUUAAGGUGAAACUAGAGGAUCCGGCCUAUGGAUGGGACACGCCGGUGAACAUUAAACUAGUGUUGCCUAACGGUAACCACAAACUGCAGGAGCAAAAGGUGAGUUUAAGGGAAAUACCAAGGUAUCAAUGGGUCGAUAUUAUAGUCGGAGAAUUCAAGCCGGAGAAAAAUUCCGCCGGAGAAAUCACUUUCUCAAUGUAUGAGCAUGAGAGUGGCCUUUGGAAGAAAGGGCUCUUCCUCAAAGGUGUUGACAUUUGUCCCAAAUAUAUAAAUUAAUAUGGGAAUAUAAAUUUCCAAAUGCACCACCACCGAAACUUUAUAUAUAUAUAUAUAUUACAUCAUGACAUAUCUGUAUGGAACGAGUGUGUGCAUAUAUACGAUAAGGUUGAUCUAUGGUAUUAUUACUUUGGACACCUAUUUUGAUGUUGGUAUUGAAUAAAACCAAAACCGAGAGUUGGUGUACUAAUGUUUUAAGUUUGAAUUCGAGUUUUAUGAUUUGAGUGUAUGUAUGUAAUAAAUAAUCCGAUCAAUCAAAAUUUGUUAUGUAUGAAA